AUGUCAAAAGGGAACCUCGUAGGUAUGGUAACCUUAGACCUGCAAAAGGCCUUCGAUACUGUCAACCACAAUAUAUUAUGUAAGAAACUUCAAGCUAUAGGUAUAGGUUCUGUAGACUGGUUUAAGUCCUACCUUAGCAACAGGAGACAAAUAGUCAAAAUCAACAAAACGGAAUCAGAACCCCUGCCGAUAACAUGUGGAGUUCCCCAAGGUAGUAUUCUGGGUCCCUUACUAUUCUUAUGUUAUGUCAAUGAUAUGCCUAUCAGUGUCAAGUGCAAACUCCUACUGUAUGCAGAUGACAGUGCUCUGUUAGUGACAGGUAAAGACCCACAAGAUAUUGCUAAUGUUUUAACACUGGAACUGGAGUCCUGCAGCAAAUGCAGGAUGUUAAGGUGUGUAGUGAUGGUGAUGAUGGUGGUAGCUGCCAACACUGCAGAAGACGGUGAAGGGGACACUACACCCAGUUCCUCUCGCUCGUCCACUUUUGUUCACUCUUCCCUUUCCUUCUCUCCUCCGCCCUAUCUACCUUCCACUGCUGCUCCUUCCUCUCUCUCCUCUACCUCUCCACCCUCCUCUUCUUCCUCUACUGAUGGUUCUGGAGACUCGCUGGUGUGGACACAACUUGGAUGGGUGACCGGGGUGCAGGAGACAUCCACCAAGGGCAGGAACUUCUACUCCUACUACAGCAUUCCCUACGCCAAACCUCCGCUGGGAAAACUUCGUUUUAAGGAUCCAGUAGAGGGUGAUCCGUGGAAGGGGGUGAGAGUGGGAAGCAGGGAGCCUCCGCCAUGCCUCCAGAUCCCAUUUCAUAAUAUAACAUCAGGUGACACUCAACUGAUCGGCCAGGAGGACUGUCUGUACCUCAAUGUUUUUACGGGUAAACCGAACCGGACAGAGGCGGGAUUGCCAGUACUCGUGUUUAUCCACGGUGGAGCCUACUUCGCUGACAGCACCACACACUACCCUCCUCAUGUCCUGCUUAACGAAGACAUCGUCCUGGUCACUCUGCAGUAUAGACUGGGCAUUCUUGGCUUCCUCUCCACCGAGGACGAGGUGAUGCCUGGGAACCAGGGGCUGAAGGACCAGGCACUGGCCCUCCGCUGGGUUAAGACCAACGUGCGUCAGUUUGGAGGUGACCCUGAGAAGAUCACUAUCUUCGGGGAGAGUGCUGGAGGUGGCUGUGUCCACUUUCAAAUACUCUCUCCCAAGACUGACGGACUGUUCGCUCGAGCAAUCCUUCAGUCUGGCUCGGCUAUAUGUCCAAGGUCAUUAGGAGACGCUCACAAAGAUGUUGCUUACCACACUGCUGCUGUGGUAGGAUGUCAUCAGUGGGAUUCCUACGAGUUGUUGCAGUGUCUGCAGGAGGCCAGGGCGGAGGAGCUGAUCUUGACUCUGCCCAAGUACUUUCAAUGGCGUUACCUCCCGCUGCUGUUGGGGCCGCGAGUGGACGGGGAUUUCCUUCCUGAUGACCCAGAGGUGUUGGCAAGAGAUGGUCGUCACAAGAAAGUAGACAUCAUAUCAGGGAUCAUGUCCCACGAUGGAGGCUCUUUCGUUAACGGUAUGUAUGACCGAGAGGAAGUGCGCAAGUCCCUGCAGGAGAGGUUCUCCGUACUGGGCCCAGUGGCUAUGAGCUUCAAAUGUACCGACGUGAACCCACUCCUGCUGACCCUGAGAAUCUUUGACCGCUACCUGGGAGGUAUGAACCUGGACCAGGCCGACCCUGAUGAUGUCAUGAAGAUGUUUACUGACCGACACUUUGCUGUUUGUCACGACCUGACCGCCAUACUUCACUCUCGAAACUCUAUUGAUCCUCUAGCACAUACCUCUAGCCACCAGCCCAACCACCAGCCCUGCCACCAGACCAGUCACCAGCCCAGCCACCAGACCAGCCACCAGCCCAGCUACCAGUCCAACCACCAGCCCAGCCACCAGCCCUGCCACCAGGCCAGCCACCAGGCCAACCACCAGGCCAGCCACCAGGCCAACCACCAGGCCAGCCACCAGACCAGCCACCAGCCCAGCCACCAGGCCAGCCACCAGGCCAACCACCAGGCCAACCACCAGGCCAGCCACCAGACCAGCCACCAGACCAGCCACCAGGCCAGCCACCAGGCCAACCACCAGGCCAGCCACCAGACCAGCCACCAGCCCAGCCACCAGUUCAACCACCAGCCCAGCCACCAGCCCAAAACAUACACCUUUGAACUCCAGUAUCGAGGAGAGCGUUCCUUCACUGAUAGGCAUAACUUAACCUUCGGAAAACACUGGGUGACUCAUUCAGACGACCUAAUCUACCUCUUCAACUCAGAAGAGUUUGAGCUCACUCGCCCUGCCGACCUCGCCCUCAGGGACCUCUUCACUAAGCUCUGGACCAACUUUGCCGAUACUGGGAACCCAACGCCAGACUCCUCCUUGGGUUUCAUCUGGGAACCUACCAGAGAAGCUCACCUGCAGCACCUGGUCCUGUCUCCUUCCCCUUUCAUGCAGAACGACACCAGACAUCAGGAGAGGGAGUUUUUGAUGUCACUUCCCACACGUCAGUACCGUCUACUGCUGGGAAAGGACAACCCCCAUUUAGACCAGCUGGUCUGUACACACACUCAGGAAGAACCAGCAACACACUCAACAACAAGCGCUGCCAACACACUCCAUCCCAUGAAGCUCUGGUAAAGGGACAAGUGAAGAAUCACAAAUGGUGUGAUGAAGCAAUAAAGCCUGAACUUAUAAAAGAGUUAGAACAUAUGCAGAUGUAAUUUAAAGUCAUUAGUACCUAUUAUUGUAAGCUGAUUCUCUCUCUUUAAUGUUAAUGUAAAUAACUCAGUUUACCUUAUUCCUAGUAUAUCUCCUUUUACUGUAACUGAUUUUCACACAGUGAGUUACUUACCUGUUUUAAUUUUAAAGGUUUAAAUAAUAAGAUACUAAAAGGCCCCCAGUGGAAAUAGCCACUUUGUCUUUUUUUUAGGGUUAUCCUAGGUAAUUUACACUAUGUAUAAUAACUUUACUUAUGUGAACCCGUGCCUAAAUAAACUUAAUAGUACAGUCAUAACUGGGCUUACAUAUACGAAACUAAAGACUUUCGAGUAUUUAUGACUUUCUGUUCUCUUUACUUUCUGUAUAAAUAGCCUAAAGUCUGAAUGUAGCAUGUUCGUGUAUGAGGUCAGACAAAUUAUUGACAAAAAGAUUAAAGUUAGAUUUUUGUGGUUUAUCUCUCACAUUUGACACCGGGUCCAGGAGUACAGUCAAGUCGAGCCAUUGGCUAAACUAGUAAUAAACAAAGAUAAUUAUAAUUUUGGUUUCUCAAACAAAUUUGAAAAAUAUUGUUAAAAAAGAACUAGCAGCUGAGGUUCAAGAAAGUAGAUCAGAUAAGAACUAGCAGCUGAGGUUCAAGAAAGUAGAGCAGAUAAGAACUAGCAGCUGAGGUUCAAGAAAGUAGAGCAGGUAAGAACUAGCAGCUGAGGUUCAAGAAAGUAGAGCAGAUAAGAACUAGCAGCUGAGGUUCAAGAAAGUAGAGCAGAUAAGAACUAGCAGCUGAGGUUCAAGAAAGUAGAGCAGAUAAGAACUAGCAGCUGAGGUUCAAGAAAGUAGAGCAGAUAAGAACUAGCAGCUGAGGUUCAAGAAAUAGAGCAGAUAAGAACUAGCAGCUGAGGUUCAAGAAAGUAGAGCAGAUAAGAACUAGCAGCUGAGGUUCAAGAAAGUAGAGCAGAUAAGAACUAGCAGCUGAGGUUCAAGAAAGUAGAGCAGAUAAGAACUAGCAGCUGAGGUUCAAGAAAGUAGAGCAGAUAAGAACUAGCAGAUCCACUGUCCAUCAUAUUGAAAUGUGCCAAGUAAAUUUAUUAUUAUAAUCAUGGGCUGUAUGACCCUUGUAGGUUUAGCUCUUCUUUCUUAUUAUAAUAAUUACUAUAAUCAUAACUAAACCCUAAACUCACAAGAGUAUGUAUUGUUAUGUAUAACUUAAGCUAUACUAACUUAAAUUAUAUUCCAGAUCUAGCAUUAAAUAUUAGGCCUUAUUAGUUAGACCGGAAUACAUUUGCAUAACUGUAUCUGUAUUAUAAUGUGAUUAAACUCAAUAUUUAAUAAUAUCGAAUGUAUAACUUCUAUAUUUGUAUGACUCUUUAGAAAUAAAUAAUUUAAAUUUUAA